CACUGACUGCUACGGUAGGAGUGGGAAAUGGGUGCUGUGCUGUGCUGUGCUGUGCUGUGGAGUGAGUAUGCUGUCCAAAUCUCGAGCUCUGAUCAUACCAGAGCCGUUGCGUGAGAGGCGCUCGAUACGAAUCGAUGGAAUCACUCAUUGCACGGCACGAGGAACAAAGUUUCGUAGGAGAGGAAAGCAGAGGAGAGGAGACUUCGAAAGAAAGUCAGAACAGAAUGAUCACACCUGUUCCUCAACACAAAACGCACAACACACCACCACCACACCGUCACCGCAGGCACCACCGUUCCCUCUAACCCGUUCUCUCUCUAGCACACGGGACGGACGCCAUGGAAAUUUAUUUCUCUCAUCAUCGUGGUCCUUAAACCUUACAUUACAUAGCACCCACUGCUGAGCCCCGGUACCUUGGCUUGCUGCAACUGCGACCACAGCUGCAGCCCCAAGCACCCCAGCUUGGCUUGACCCGCUUCCCUUUUCCUGGUGCUGGUCGUCUUUUCCUUGGGCCCUGCGCCCUCUCAAUCCUGGCACCCUGGCCAGGUAUGAUCUCUUUGGGGCUGGUCGAGGAAGGGUAGGCUCGUAGGAGCCAGGGUCGUCAAGUGUCUGUGGGUAACGGGCGUGGG